AACUGUUAGAGCCUCCAGAACUAUCAGAACCUUCAGAACCACUAGAAUCUUCAGGACUUUCUACACCUUCUAGACCUUUGGAAUCCCUUGAAUGUUCUACAUCUAUGAUGUCUUUUCGUAGAAAAUCAGUUGAAUUACUUAGCAGGAAAUCAACUGAUUCAAUGAUGAAUGAUGACAAUUCUUUACUAUAUAACAUCCGCGAUGAUGAUCCAGAUUCUUUGCCA